AUGAUGACGAGCAACAACUAUCGGCGACUGCUGUUUUGCGCCGGCGCGAUUGCGGUUUCGCCGACCUUGGGAUGGACGUUUACGAAGCCACACGACCUCGACAUCGCCAUCAGCCGUGACGAAAGCACAUUAAUAGCUUUUGUAAUGCCCGAGUUAGCAUCGUGCAAAAAACUAGAAUCAGAAUGGGAGCUCGUCGAAAAGAAGCACCCCCGGACUGCGGUGGUAGACUGUGGCGAAAACGCCGAAUACUGCUUCAAACAAGACGUCCUCACACAUCCCACCGUCCGAGUCUACUUCCCCGACAACACCAUGGAGAGAUACCGGGGACCGCGAAAAGCUGAUCCGAUACUCUCGUUCGUCAAACGCAUCCACCGACCAAUUCUGCCCGUGACAGACAAGAACGAAACUGCCUUCCUAAACUCCGACGAGGUCGUCAUCAUAGGACGCCUGCCACCGCUCACCGAAGAGCCUGAAUCAGAGCUCCUGCACAAGCGUUUCGCCGCCGUUGCACACCGUUAUCGAGAUCGCUACACCUUUGGCAUCCAGACCAUCACCGGCGACAGUUCCUCCGCCAGCCUCAAGUGCCAGAACAACAUCGACGGUCUCGGCCACGACACGCCGGAUCUCACCCGGGUCCCGGCCAUGGAGAGCUUCGUAAAAAUAUGCGGCACCCCCUUGGUAGGUGAGCUGUCGCGGAGAACAGAGCUUAGUCUCGUCAAGGCAAGCAAAUCUAUGGUUCACUACUUCACCGACUCCGAAGAAGACAAAGAAGCCUACAUAGCGGCCAUCCGACCGCUCGCUCAGAAAUACCGCGAAUACCUCAACUUCGUCACCAUCGACGUGAACGAGUAUCCCGACAUGACCACCAGUGUGGGUCAUCGGAAGGGCGCCUCGCGCGUCGUCGCCGUGCAGAACCCGCAUACUUGGCAGGCUUACCCGCUCGAGGAGGGAUCGGAGGUGUCGGCAGCGAGCGUGGAGCAGUUCAUACUCGCCAUUACGCAGAAUAAGGUGGCCCCGUGGGAUGGGACGCCCAAGGAGGAUAAGCUGGUGGAGACUGCGGAUGAGGGGGUUGGGGAGGUUGAGGAACAGGAAGAGGGAGAGACAAAUGCUAGUCACGACGAGCUGUAG